CCACACCAAUCCCCUCUCGCUCCCUCUUAUCUCCUCGGCCCCGCCAGCUCCGCCUCGUCAUUGCCCCGCUGCCGCUUCCUCGUCCAGCAGCUCCGUGCCGUCCCCUGGCCUUAGCGUGCCGGUCUCCCUGCGCGCGCGGCAGCCGGCAGCUAGCAGAGAUGGCCCUGCAGGCCCCGUCAUCGCUCCUGCGGGCGCCGGAGCGGCCGUCCGCGCCGCUCCGGUCGUCCUUCUCGGCGCCGUGGUUGGGACUGCGGCUGCCGGCGCCGGCGCGGCGGCGGGCGGCCAGGGCGGCCACGGCCGCGCGGAUCACCAUGCGAGUCGCGUCCAAGCAGGCCUACAUCUGCCGCGACUGCGGGUACAUCUACAAUGACAGGACCCCGUUUGACAAGCUGGCCGACAACUACUUCUGCCCCGUUUGUGGAGCUCCGAAGAGGAGGUUCAGACCAUACCAGCCAGCGGUGUCCAAGAACGCAAACACCACCGAUGUCCGCAAGGCGAGGAAGGAGCAGCUGAAGAAGGACGAAGCAAUCGGGCAAGCCUUGCCGAUCGCCAUCGUCGCCGGGAUCAUUGCCCUGGCCGGCCUCUACUUCUACCUCAACAACGCCUACAACUAGACGAACAAACAGGCUUCAGAGACGAUCAAUCCAUUUGGUGCCGGGGACAGGAUUCUUUCCAUUUUGCCCUUUUGUUUUUGUGGCUGUACAUGUGCGUGUGUCAUGCUACAUGCAUACUCCUAGGGAUCCAACCUCCAUGACUGUUAUACAAGUCGUCGUUAAUCUUGAAAUGCCAUACACGUUACUCAACUUACAGCUGAUUA